ACAUCCCCAUUCCCUCCUCCCACUUCACUCAGCUCUCCCCCGCUUUUCCCCUCGCCCGUUACUUCGCCUCUUGGGAAGCCGACCCCGCGAAUCCCGGACCUUGCGGGCGGCGGCGGCGCGAGGGUCGCCCUCGGAAGCCAUGGCAUAGCCUCGCCGCCCCCCCCCCCGAAUUAAAACAAAACGAAGAAAUAAAUAAACCCGGAGCCGGGGCGCUGCCGGGCGAGCCUCCUUCCAGACGCCGACAGGGAGACCCGGCUCAUCAUGCAGUGGAGGUCUCCCGGCGGCCGCGCGCGUGGAGGUGGCUGCUGCUCCUAGUGGAAGCGCCGCCGCUCGGGGAAAGCAAGCUGCACGCGUGGGAAGAGCCGCGAGCCUUAGACAACUUUGGGGACUCUUAACCUCUAGAGCUGUGAUGAGAAAUGGCUUUGGGGAACAACACCCAGCGAAGUUACUCCAUCAUCCCAUGCUUCAUCUUUGUCGAGCUCGUCAUUAUGGCCGGGACCGUUCUGCUCGCCUACUACUUUGAGUGCACAGACACUUUCCAGGUGCAUAUCCAAGGGUUCUUUUGCCAGGAUGGAGAUCUGAUGAAACCUUAUCCAGGAACAGAGGACGAAAGCUUCAUUUCCCCUCUCAUCCUCUACUGUGUGUUGUCUGCAACCCCAACAGCAAUUAUUUUUAUUGGAGAAAUAUCCAUGUAUUUCAUCAAGUCCACCAGGGAGAGCCUGAUUGUCCAAGAGAAAACCAUUUUGACGGGAGAAUGCUGUUACCUGAAUCCAUUACUUCGGAGAAUUAUUCGAUUUAUAGGAGUCUUUGCAUUUGGCCUUUUUGCCACAGACAUAUUUGUAAACGCAGGCCAGGUAGUAACAGGGAACUUGGCCCCCUAUUUCUUGACCGUAUGUAAACCCAACUACACCGGGAGUGACUGCCGAACUCACCACCAGUUUGUCAACAAUGGGAACAUCUGCACUGGUGACCAGGAUGUGAUUGAGAAGGCGAGGCGAUCCUUUCCAUCCAAGCAUGCUGCUUUAAGCAUUUAUUCAGCCUUAUAUGCUACGAUGUACAUCACUAGCACAAUCAAGACCAAGAGCAGCAGGCUCGCUAAGCCAGUCUUGUGCCUGGGAACUCUUUGUGCCGCCUUCCUUACCGGUCUCAACCGAGUUUCUGAAUAUCGAAACCACUGUUCAGAUGUCAUUGCAGGCUUCAUCUUGGGAAGUGCGGUGGCUCUCUUCCUGGGAAUAUGUGUGGUUCAUAACUUCAAAGGAACACAUGGAGCUCCUUCCAAAUCGAAGCCUGAAGAGCAACGAGGAGUGCCCCUGAUGGCGUUUCCAAGAGUGGAGAGUCCUUUGGAGACAUUGAGUGCACAGAAUCAUUCUGCCUCUAUGACUGAAGUAACCUGAUCUGAAAGAUGGCAAGAGAAGCUAUUUUUUAUCGCCCUCCGGUACAAUACUCCCACAACAACACACAGUUAAACUAAUUGUCAGACUGUGACGACCAGUAUUAUGUUAUGUCUAGUUAGAAGCUAAUGUUUUGUACAUUUUUUUGUAUGAGGAAGUGAUGUAGCUUGCCCUGGAAAUUUUCCUCCCCUUUUUUUGGUCAGCUUUAAUAUAUUUAUGCCAGAAUUUAAGACAAAAGAAAACAAACAAAAGAAAAAAAAAGAGCAAACAAAAAAAGUUUUUAAGAAAUGUGAGAGACCUUUUCUUGUUUAAAAUGUGUUCUGAGGCACUACAUCUUUGGGAAUUGUUGAUGUUUUGUGAUAUUUGUACACAGACCUCUUUUUGGUUUUGUUUUAUAUACAAUAAAUUAAAUGAUAAUUAUAAUA